CGCGGGGGCUACCGGGAUCGGGGCGGCGGUCGCGGAAGUGGCGAUCGAUCCCGAUCGGCUCCGAAUGAUCCCGAUCGACACCGAUUGAUCCCGAUCGGCCCCGAUCGAUCCCGAUCGCCCCCCGGGUCUCCCCCGCCGCCAUGUUCUUCACCUGCGGCCCCAACGAGGCCAUGGUGGUAUCGGGUUUCUGCCGCAGCCCCCCAGUGAUGGUGGCAGGCGGCCGGGUGUUGGUGAUCCCGUGCCUGCAGCAGAUCCAACGGAUCUCGCUGAACACGCUGACGCUGCCAGUGCGCAGUGAGAAGGUUUAUACGCGCCACGGGGUGCCCAUCUCUGUCACCGGCAUUGCCCAGGUGAAGAUCCAGGGGCAGAACAAGGAGAUGCUGGCGGCCGCCUGUCAGAUGUUCCUGGGCAAGUCGGAGAGUGAGAUCGGCCAGAUCGCCCUGGAGACACUGGAGGGCCACCAGCGCGCCAUCAUGGCCCACAUGACCGUAGAGGAGAUCUACAAGGACCGGCAGAAGUUCUCGGACCAGGUGUUCCGCGUGGCCUCAUCCGACCUGGUGAACAUGGGCAUCUCUGUGGUCAGCUACACGCUCAAGGACGUGCACGACGAGCAGGAUUACCUGCGCUCCCUCGGGAAGGGCCGCACGGCGCAGGUGCAGCGCGACGCCCGCGUGGGAGAGGCCGAGGCCAAACGCGAUGCUGGGAUCCGCGAGGCGCGGGCGCGGCAGGAGCAGGUGUCGGCGCAGCUGCUCAGCGAGGAGGCCACAGCACGGGCCCAGCGCGACUUCCAGGUGGCCCAGGCAGAGUGUGACAGAGCCGUGAGCGCCCGCAGGGCCACAGCAGAGCUGGCCUUCCAGUUACAGGCAGCACGCUCUCAACAGGCCAUCGCAGCGCAGCGGGGUGAGGUUGCACUGGUGGAGCGGGCGCAGCAGGCGCAGCUGCAGGAGCAGGAGGUCGGGCGGCGCUGCCAGGAGCUCGAGGCCACUGUGCGCAAACCGGCCGAGGCCGAGCGCUACCGGCUGGAGCGGCUGGCCGAGGCACAAAGGACGCAGGUGCUGCUGCAGGCGGAGGCGGAGGCGGAGGCCCUCAAGGUGACGGGCGCUGCCCGUGCCGAUGCCGUGGCCUCGCGGGCCCGGGCGGAGGCGGCGGCGGCGGCAGCCAAGGCUGAGGCCUUCGGGCAGUUCCAGGACGCGGCCGUGGUGGAGAUGGUGCUGCAGAGACUGCCCCAGGUGGCUGAGGCGGUGGCGCAGCCGCUGCUGGGGACGCGCCGGGUGACGCUCGUGGGCGGCUCCGGGGAUGUCGGGGUGGCUAAAAUCCCUGCGGAAAUCCUGGAUUUGGUGACACGGCUGCCGGGGGCCGUGGGGGCCCUGGCCAGGGGCUCCCAGGUGACCUCGACGGAGCCAGAGGGUGGCACCACCGAAACAUCCCCAAAUGUCCCCAAAGUGUCUCCAAAUGUCCCUAAAGUGUCCCCGAGCACCCCCUUCCAGUGACACUGAAGUGUCUCCAAGUGCCACCACCCCCCUGGAGCCACCCAGCGCCUCGCUGUGUCCCCAAAGUGCCACCCAAGUGCCACCACGCCCCAAUGCCACUGCGUCCCCAAGGCGCUAGCUGAGGUGACCAAAGGUGCCACGGGCCCCAAGGUCCCUUGGUCCUCAAAGUGCCAGCGCUGCAGUGCCAGCGUGUCCCCAAAGUGCUGCCCCCAAAUGUCAUGUCCCUAAAGUGUCCCUGUGGUGUCACUGUCCCCAAGAUGCCACCACCCCCUGCAGCAUCCCCAGAGUGCCACUCCUGAAUGUCACUAUGUCCUCAACAUGUCCCCAAGGUGCCACCACAACCGCCAUGUCCCCAGAGUGUCCCCAAACUGCCACCACUGCAGUGUCACCCUGUCCCCGAAGUGUUCCCAAGGUGCCACCAACUGCAGUGCCAUCGUGUCAAUGAAGUGUCCCUAAAGUGCCACCACUGUGCUGUCUCCAAAGUGACCCCAAAUGCCACCACCCCCAGUGUCACCCUGUCAAUAAAGUGUCCCCAAGGUGCCAGCACAGCAGCGUCCCUGUGUCCUUUAAGUGCCACCACCCCUGCAGUGUCCCCUAGGUGUCACUGUGUCCCUGAAGUGUCCCCAAAGUGCCACCAUCUUCCCCUUGGUCAUGUUCUAACUGCACCACCCUUGAAUGUCACCCUGCCCGUAAGUGUCACUUCCCCCAGUGUCACUGUGUCCCCAAGGUGCCACCACCCUGGUGCCACUGUGUCCCUAAAGUGCUGCCACCUGCCAGUGUCCCCAUGCCCUUUAAAUGCCACCUCAUCCCCCACGGUGCCACCCCAGUGUCCCCAGCCUGUGCAGUUCCCACACCACCACCACCAGAGCCAAGGGGGGUUGGGGACCCCAAAGGGACACUCUGGGGACAUUGGGGAGGGGGGGGAAGGAACAUGGGACCCCCAGGUGACAACGGGGACCCUGAAGAGGGACUAUGGGGACAACAGGGACCCCAAGGUGACACUGGGAACUCCAAAGUGACCCUGGCACCCUCCAAGUGACAGAGGUGGCAAUGGGGAUGCUCAGGUGGGGACAGGGGGACCUCCUGGGUGACACCCAGGGGACCCUGAAGAGACACCAAGACACCCCCAGGUGACACUGGGGACCUUCAGGAGGGACAUGGGGAACCCCAGGUGACAUUGGGGACCCUCCACGUGACCCUGGAACCUCUCAGGUGACCCCACAGUGACCUUUGGGACCCUCAGGUAAUGCAGGUGGUGACACAGGAGGUGACAGCCGCAGUGGCUUUUCCAUCCCGAGUUUAUUCCGGACCCGGGGGCGACUUUUCAAUAUGAAAAACGAAAGAAACGGGAAAAAAACCAAAAACAACAAAAACAUCCAAAAACGGAAAGAGCGACCGGAGACGGCAAUGGAAAUCAGGGAGAAACACAGGGAAAUCGGGAAAAACGGACAAAAAUUGGGGAAAACAGGACAAAAAUUGGAAAAAAUGGACAAAAUUGAGAAAUAUGAACCCAAAAUGAGGAAAAAUGGGUAAAAAAUGAGCUUGCAGAAUUAGAGAAAAAUGAACCAAAAAUUGGGAAAAGUCAACUAAAAGUUGUGGGAAAAAAACAGAGUUGGGCUGAGAGCGACCAAAAAUGGGAGAAAACCCAGCAAAAUUGACCAAAAGUGGGGAAAACUGAACAAAAAUGAGGAAAAAUGAUUGAGAAUGAGGAGAGACCUAAAGAGGGGGUAAAAAAGGAGGAACAUGAACCAAAAAUGGGGAAAAAUGAACCAAAAUUGGGGAAAAGGAACAAAAAAUAAGGAGAAAGUGAUAAAAAUCUGGGGAGAAUGGACAAAAAUGGGG